AUGCAGGUGGCCGUUCGAACUUGCGUGGACAUCACCACGCGGCAACAGUCGUUGCAGAUACUGAAGAAUACAGUUUCCUUGGGAGUAUCGUCUGUUUUGUAUCUUCGGAAUAUUUUUGAAGAGGCAGCUUUCUCCUCUGUUUGGUUUGAGGGUCUGAGGCUGGUCCAGUUGCGACCAGCCGACAAGAAAUCGGACUUCAUUGUUAGUCUUCUACGAAACGGUGUAAACGAAGCAUUGCAGAAAGAAUGCCUCGAACAGCUACUGCUGGGUAUUCAUGAGCACAAAACAGAUGCGCUGCUUGAGUCGUAUGAAUUCACAUUCGGUUAUGGUGGCCGCCAGCCUCAACUAACCAUUUCCUUGGGCGGCGAGAUGCGGGUUCCACAAGACACUCGUGAGGUGGAGCCCGUGUCAAAGGCUGAAGCCAAGAAACAAACGGAAGCUCUCCUACAGUCACUGUGUGCCAUUACGCAGCAGCUGGAGCCGCUGCCGGAAAACCCCUACGUAUCACUACGGCAAUGCACGUGUCUUCUUCAGCUUUUCUUCAACGAAGCUCGAGCCCCGCCCAACUAUGUUCCGAAGGGCUUCACGCCCAAGCUUGAUGAUAUAUCUUUUGGAGGCGAAGUGCCAUUCACAGCAAUAAGUGACAAGAUCGAUACAAAGCAUCAUACUCUAGAGCUUUCUAUCCAGUCUCUGGCGGACCCGCCUCAGAUCUUGCCGGCUCUAGAGGGAGGUCGAGCUGGAGGGCAGCUAGAUUGCCUCUCUGCAGCGGCAUGCGCAGCAGCAGCAGCAGCAGCAGCAGCAGCAGCAGCAGCAGCAUCUGAAGGUGUUUCCGAUUCUGCAUGGCCUACGUCGAGAUGCGACAAGGGAUGCUCAGCUCGUAUGUAG